GGAGCGGCCAUUUCCUGUUUCUCCGCAGUUUUCCCCCAGCUUUGGGUGGUGGCCGCGGCUGGGCUCCGGCUUUCCGUCGGCGGAGGGCGAGGCGGUGUGGACAGCGGCCCCGGCACCCCGCGCCCUGCCGCCUGCAGCCGCGCGCCCGCCCGCGGCGCCCCGAGCCCGCCGCUUCUCGCGUCAGCGCCCGCCCGCCGCCGCCGCGGCCCAGCGAGCGGCCCAGAUGCAGGCCAUCAAGUGUGUGGUGGUGGGAGACGGAGCUGUAGGUAAAACUUGUCUACUGAUCAGUUACACAACCAAUGCAUUUCCUGGAGAAUACAUCCCCACUGUCUUUGACAACUACUCUGCCAAUGUUAUGGUAGAUGGAAAACCAGUGAAUCUGGGCUUAUGGGAUACAGCUGGACAAGAAGAUUAUGACAGAUUACGUCCCUUAUCCUAUCCGCAAACAGUUGGAGAAACGUAUGGUAAGGAUAUACCCUCCAGGGGCAAAGACAAGCUGAUUGCCGAUGUAUUCUUAAUUUGCUUUUCUCUUGUGAGUCCUGCAUCAUUUGAAAAUGUUCGAGCAAAGUGGUACCCUGAAGUGCGACACCACUGUCCCAACACCCCUAUCAUCUUGGUGGGGACUAAACUUGAUCUCAGGGACGACAAAGACACGAUUGAGAAACUGAAGGAGAAGAAGCUGACUCCCAUCACCUACCCACAGGGUCUGGCCAUGGCUAAGGAGAUCGGUGCUGUAAAAUACCUGGAGUGCUCUGCUCUUACGCAGCGAGGCCUCAAGACAGUGUUUGAUGAAGCUAUUCGAGCGGUUCUCUGCCCCCCUCCCGUCAAGAAGAGGAAGAGAAAAUGCCUGCUGUUGUAAAUGUUGGGUUCCCCUGCCCCAUCCCCCUCAGAACCUUUGUACGCUUUGCUCAAAAAUGGUGGAGCCUUCGCACUCAAUGCCAAGUUUUUGUUACAGAUUAGUUUUUCCAUAAAACCAUUUUGAACCAAUCAGUAAUUUUUAGGUUUUGUUUAAAGUGUAAGACUUCAAACUUUCACAUUAAAAUUUAGCCCUAAAAUGGCCAGCUUUCUUAAAGCCUUAUUUUUCAAAAGCCCCUAUUCUUGCUCAGAUUAAGAGUUGCCAAAAUACCUUGUGAACUAAGUUGCAUUGUUGUGCUGAGAACACUAAGCACUAAACCGUUCAAGAUCCCUGUCCUUCAGAAGAGACGGCAGUGUCUCAGGUUUGGACCUGCAGACCUGUGCUUGCUAGUUUCCAGUAGGAAAGCCACACAGCCCUCCUCGAGCUGUUGCCACAUUGCCAUCUAAGCCCGUGGCCACGCCCUAACUGUACUGUAUGUCCUCACGGAAGGAGCAUAAUGACUCAGUUCUUUGGAUCAGUCUUUUUGAUUUUGUAGUGAAAUUUCUUUAAAAAGUUAGUGUAUUCGCUUUUGCUGACAUUUUGAACAGACCUCUCACUCCCAUGUUCCUCCAAUGAGGGCGGGGGGCACAGCACGUGACGCGAUCAAAGGAUAAAGACAGUAUUUUGACAAAAUCCGGAGGUUAAUUUACACUACAUUGUACACGUCAUAAUCAAACUGAGUAAAAGUGUCACGGGUAAAAUUUUAAAAGGUUAAUUUCUGUCAAAUGCAGUAAAUGAAGAAAGGUCGGUAUUAUCACUAAGUGUUUUAAGCUUUUCCUUUUUCUUAGACCUGCCAUCCUUCCUGAAAUUGGGCAUUUAAUUCAUCUUUGAACUGGUUGUACCCAUAGUUGCUAACUUAGUGCUUUUCUUAUAGAACCUUCUUAACGAGCAAUAUGCCUCCUUGUAUUAUAAAAUCUUUCUGAUAAUGCAUUAGAAAUUUUUUUUUGUAGAUUAGUAAAGUGCAUUCCUGUUUCCUUGUUACUUUAUUCAAAGCUAAUAAGCACUCUCCUUAGUUUUCUAGUAACUAGGUGUAAAAAUCAUGUGUUGCAGCUUUACAGUUUUUGAAAUAUUUUAGAUAUUCCUAAACUAUGAACUUUCUUAACAUCACUGUCUUGCCAGAUCACCAAUACUGUCCCCUGACUAACGCUGGCCCUCCUCUGCCUCACCCCCCGGACACACGCUUCCUGUUGCCCUGCCUGACCAUGUUCCCUUGGGUCUGUGACAUUCUGUAAGCCCGUGCUUGUGCUAACGAAGUUCUGUACGACUUACCCACUGGCAAGAAUACAAGGUUGGACCUCUGAACCAAUAAAAUAGAACAACAUUUUUUAAAUUGACAGUUGCAGAAUCGUGGAGUGUUUUUACAUUGAUCUUUUGCUAAUGCAAUUAGCAGUAUGUUUUGCAUGUAUGACUUAAUAAAUCCUUGAAUCAUA